GGAGUCGCGCGACGUCGGCGGACUGUUAAUGAGACUGACGACGGGCAACCACCGCAGUGUUGCUUCAACCUGAGACAAUACAGCAACUACAGCAACAGCAACAACAGCCACAGCAUUAAUGUUCAACCACCGCAGUGUUGCUUCAACCUGAGACAACACAGGGACAGCCAGACAGACAGCAACUACAUCUACAGCAACCAGACUGUUGCUGCAGUGUGGCUUCAGUCUGACGGACUCCAGCAUGUAAGGCUACUGCACCCCCAGCAACUAGCUAAUAAACUGUUGCUGUCUAAUGACCACCAUGUUGCUUCAACCUGACAGAGACUACAGCAGCCUGACCGACAACAUCCAGGCUGCCAGCACCUAAACCUACAGUAACAACAGAUGGACGUCCUGUCAGACUCUCAGACUGAUCAGCUGAUCUGAAGUCAGUCAGGUGACAGCCUCAGAUUGAGUUAAGCUCUGCACAUCACUGGCCCUCCCCUCUGCUUCAGGUGAAGACAACAGCUAAAAGGAUGAGCCAGCUGAAGGAGGCAGAGCCUGGCCAGGAGCUGGAGGGCAAGGUGCAGACCUGGGCUCAGUCUCUGGUUUACACUCUGGAGGAACUUGAGUGUAAAAUCUGUUACAACCGCUACGACACCCGCAGCCGGAAACCCAAACUGCUGGGCUGUCUGCAUCGAGUAUGUGCCAAGUGUCUGAAGAAGAUGGUCGACAUGGGAGAGUCGUCACCCUCCGUCAUCAGCUGUCCGUUCUGUCGCCAUGAGACACACGUCCCUGAAGAAGAGGUGUGGUUGAUGGAGGAUGACCGACACAUCCUGGCGGUUCUGUCGUGUCAGGACCGAGCCCGGCGAGGAGGAGGAGGAGCAGGAGGUGGGGGGGAGGUGGUGCUGAGUCCCACCAGUCUGACGGCAGGAGGAGGUGUGGAGACGUCCCACCGCUCCUCAGACUGUCUGGUCAUCACCAUCAUGGAGCUCCCUGAGGAGUCUCCGUCCUCAGACUCACUGAGCAUGCUCAAUGUUGUGGGUCUGUACCGUCCCCCUAGCCUGGACUCACUGCCCUGCAACCUGCCGGCUCAGAAGUGUCACACCUGGACGUCCCGCAGCUUCCCCCGCUGCCUGCUUGGGGUGCUGUGUCUGGUGUACUUCAGCUCCCUGCCUCUGGGGAUUUACCUGCUGAUGAUUGGUCAGCUGUGGCUGGGCGUGGUCCUGGUCAGUCUGGUUCCCUCCACGCUGCUGCUGCUCGUCCUCUAUGGGUUCUGUCAGUGUCUCUGCCAUGAGCUGAUGGAGGCACUCGCCACACGCACACACACGCUGCCAUGAUGACAAAAAUAACACGACACGCUGCCAUGAAGACGAUGACAACACGACACGCUGCUAUGACGAUGACGACACACAUGACAGGCUGCCAUGACGACGAUGACAACACGACACGCUGCCAUAAUGAAUUGACAAGCUGCCAUGACAAUGAUAGCAACAUGACACACUGCCAUGACGACGACUACACGAUACCAUGAUGACGACAUGACAAGCUGCCAUCACGACGACAACGAAACGACAUGCUGCUAAGACGACGACAAUAACGCGAUGCGCUGCCAUGACGACGACAACACACAACAUGAUGCCAUGAUGAAGACAGAUGAAGACAGAUGAACAUAUUGCCAUGACGAUGACAACACGCACUCUGCCAUGACAACACAAGCAACAGCAUAAACCCUAAAGAUACAACAGUCAGAACAUAAUACCUGCACCUACACUACAUACCAGAAAAACAAUGGAACCAGAGGAGCUCAUCCAGAACAACAGAACCAGAACUACAACAACAGGACUUCACCGUAGAAACAUCAACAAGAGGAGAACAGAAAGAAUCAAGAACAUUGGAACCACAACUGAAUAAAUCCAGAAUUCACCUGUAGACCCACCCAUCUGACUCUUGACACACCCGUCCACUUUGACUUGGCCCCCAUCUGAAUACCAGCAUUACCCCCACUCUGAGGCUACAGCCAAUCAGGCAGGACCGGUGAUGACAUCAUCACAGAGAAAAGGCGGCGUCUCUGAUGUUUUACUGUGAAAGUUUUUUCUCUCUGUUGCCUCCUGCUGGACGAACUGAGAACAAACAGCUGAUCACAAACUGACUUAUUUAUCAUCUUCCAGGUGUCCUGAUGUUAAAGGACACCUGUCAGACUGAACCGCUGCACUGUGCAGACUGACAGACUUUAAAUGAUAACACUAAUUAACCAUGUUGGAAACAAACAUGUAAUUCUUUAAUAUGCGUAAAUCUGUGACUGAGUCUAAAAUCAACACUCGCACUGUUUAUGAAACCCUCCUGUUCUCUGUCCAGAAUCCAGUGCAGACAGAGGUCCAGGGCUGUCAGCCUAGCUUAGCACAAAGACUGGAAGCAGGGGGAUACUGUUAGCCUAGCUUCAUCAGAAGAGGAACAAACAUCUGAGAGAGAGCACAAAUUGUAAGAGCAGAAUCAGAUUUGAGUGUUCAGUCGUGACCUGUGAUUUUAGAGUCUGCUCAGGUUCUGGUUCCUGGCAGCUGAGAUCACAAGAAGUCACUCGCCAACAAUUUUAGACCAACAAGCUGCAACAUGACACAGCAGCAUCUGGACGUCGGGGUCAUGAAUUUUUCAAAGUCCACACAAGUAAAAAGGUCAGCUGCUGAAUAUAUUGCUCGUCUGUAAGGAGGUGAAAGAUGUGACUGUUUACGAUGACACAAUUUACAUACUUCAUGCCUAUAAGCCUCAUUGUUUAUCCUGUAGUUUCAGUUUUUGUGGGUGUAUUGAUCUGCACUGUAGACUGAAGAUCAGCCAAAUUCAGAUGCCGAUGCCAUCACCAUCACCUGGUUAAUUCUGUUAUAACCGUCAUAUUGGAUCUGAAAAUGCUCUGAUUCUGAAUAUAACCACGGCAAAUAAUCAUUAUCAUCAUUAUUAUUAUUUGUUUGAAGUGUUUUUUAAAAUCUCAAAUGCAGUCGUUUCAGAUCACAGGACACCAAACCAGCAGACAUCAGGCUCAUUAGAUUUCAAUAGACUGAGCCUCAUUCAUGAAAGUUUAUGUUUCUAAUAAUAUUCUGUGUUAAAAUGAUCCAAAAAACAUAAAAAGAAGGAAUUAGAAAAACACAGAUGUGCAUGAAGACGUCCUUCUGUGUAUCUGCUCCUAAAAAACUGAAAUCAGCGUUUUACAUUUUUAUUUCUUGAUAAAUAAACAACACAGCAGGUCAAAGGUCAGGCACAUGAGUGGCUGAGUGAAGUUUUAGUUCUUUUCUGAUAGAGCCAAGCUAACAGUUUCCCUCGACAUCCAGUCUUUGUGCUAAGCUAGGCUAACAGUUUUCCUCUACUUCCAGUCUUUGUGCUAAGCUAGGCUAACAUUUUCCCUCUACUUCAAGUAUUUGUGCAGAGCUAGGCCAACAGUCCUGGAUUAGACUGCUGAGUGUGGGCUGUUCCUUUAAGGUUUCUGUCUUUAUAAAGUGCCAUCGUUUGAUUUGAUGUUUGAUUAAUGAGUCCUGUGAUAAUGAUGAUGAUCAGGUGACAUCAGAGGACACCUACUGAUGGUCAGCUGACCUGUUGUGUCAUUUCCUGUCUCUGUAGUGGGCGGAGCAUGU